AUAAAGAAUGAAGAUAUGUAGGACCCCCCCUCCAGACCCUCACAUAGUCAUACUUUAUCACAGUAUCAUAAACCAGUGUGAUCUUUACAGGACAUUCAAGUUAACAUUUAAAAAUACUCUUUUGACCAUUGUGGUCUUAAAUCCACUGCUAACAAACCAUAUUUGAUAAAAUCUAACACUGAUUUGUAUUUUAUAAAUGUGUAUUUUUAUAAAGUCACUGAAAGAACAUACCCAAUGAUAGAUAAUAAUGGCUUCCAAAUUGGCAAAAGUUGACCAAGAAAAGCUUGAUUCAACAUCAACACCAAAGCCGGAAGAUAGAGAUAAAACAACGAGCACAGAAUGUAAAGCAAUAAUGAAAAAUUCUUCGAAUGAUAAAAAAGAAUCGAAACAAAAAUCUACACAUAAAACGACAGUGUUUAAUGGUCUGGACACAGAAGACUCGGAAGUAGAUUUUGGUGGCAUAGAAAUAACAGAGGAACAACUUGACCAAAUUAAAAAAUCAUGGCAAAUUUUAGACGAGGAUGAAGACGGUAGAAUAACUGAGGAGGAAAUACUACGUGGUGCUCAAUUGAUAGGUCUCAAUCCAACAGUGGAAGAUGUUAGGGGGUGGCUAGGAGAAACCGAUGUAGACGGGGAUUGUAGUCUUGACUAUUAUGAGUAUGAAAAGUUAAUGCGACAGCAUUAUGCAGUAGCAAGUUUCCAAGAACAUGAACUUCGAAAAGCGUUUGCAUAUUUUGAUACUAAAGGGAAAGGUUUCUUAAACCGGAGGCAACUAUACCGUGCUUUGCGCAACUGUGGAGACCAGUUAUCAGACGAGGAAUGUGACGAAUUCUUUUCAUUGGCGGAUAAAAAUAAAGAUGGUGUGAUAAGUUUAGAAGAGUUUGUGGUGCUGUUUACAGAAAUCUGAAGGAAAAGAUUUUAAUUUGGUUCAGUGUAAACAUUAUAAAACUGAAACACAAAAUCAGAAAAUUAGCUCUUGAUGAUAUUCUUUCGGUUACUAUAUAUUAUAACGGGUAUAUCAAAAUAACCAUUCAGUGAAUUAUAUUUGAUUCAACAUAUGUAAUAAACUUUAUAUCAUACACAGAAGUGUUCAUACUUAUUGGUAUAUCUGAUGAUAGACGAGGAGAAUUGGUGUGCUAUGAUUUCAAGCCAUAGUUUACAAAUCUAACUAUCAAAAGAAAACAGGACGGGGAUUCACCACGAAACCAAAACAAAACCAAAACAAAGUAAAAAAAAAAGAAAGAAAAAAA